AUUGUCAUUAUCAAGAUCCGAAAAAAUUAUGUCGUCGUUGAGUAGCUUUCAUAAGUUCAUAUUAUUGUUUAAGCUGUGAUACAAAAAUAAUAAAAAAGCUAUGUACUGAGCUUGGAACGAAGGGCUUACGAAAUUGCGAGUUUACCAACACCGCCACGGGAACAAGAAUAGCAACAACAACAACACAAGUAAUUGCACGCUGCACGUUUUGAACAAAAAUGUGAGCGCCUUGAUAACAAAGCAACAACGAACUGAAUCCAUAACAUACACAUAGAACUAUUGUCAACAAUCUGAAAAAGAAGAAACAAAACUAAAUUAUAAAAGUUGAGAGGCGACGGCAUCAAAUGUGACAGGUGAUGUGUGUGUGUGUCUCUCUAAAUUUGUAGCGGAGGAACAGGCAAAAUAUUACUAACAGUUCAGCCGCUGCCGCCGUUGCCGCCGCUGCUGCCGCUGUUCGAUUGUUAUGCAAGCAGCGCUGCGGCCCCCCGCCCUCAACGACAGCAAUCAAAUUAGCCGGUUGUCACUAUGCUGCUAAACCGUUUGGUGCUCGCCAUCAAAAAUCAAUCGCGGGAAACAUUACGCGCCUGGAGUUAUCAAUGUGAAUCAAUAAUAGCGCAACGUUCCCGCCGCGUCCAGCAGCUGUUCAGCUUCUAUCAGUCCGUUUACGGUACACAAGGAUUGAAGCAACUUUGGCGCGCCUAUUAUCGCAACGAGCUCCAACCACCCAUUCGGGGCAUGAUGCUGAGUGCAGUGGGCCUAAUGGGAUUGAACAUGAAGCGAUUGAGCAACAGCGAUGGUUUCGACUGGAGCAAGGAACGUCUGUCGUUAGCCAACUUUGAUUUGUGCCAGCGUGACAUUGAUUUCAUCAACACACUCUCGGUCAAUCAGCUGUGCGAACGUUGCCAGUCUAAGAAGAUGAAAUACUGCUAUUGCCAGCUGGGCAAUCAGCGGUGUCGCAAAGGCGGCAUUGUUGUGCCACCACCCAGCAGCGAUCAAAAGCCAAUGAAGGAGGAGCAGGCGGCAAGCAUCAGCAAUUGCCACAAGGCCUUGGAGUUGGAUACGCGCAGUGCACCGGCUGGUCAGGUGCGUAUCCAGGCGCAGGAGGAUCGCAACUGGGAGCCGUAUUUCAGCAAAAACGAGUUCAGCAUUUGGCGUCGUGAAGAACGUUCCUCGUUGUACUCUUACAAGGUAUAUGCACGAUUCGAUGACAUUACCGCCGAUGACUUUCUGCAUGUGCAAACGGAUCUGGACUAUCGUCGACAAUGGGAUGAUACAGCCUUGAGGUUGGAGCUGAUCAGCGAAGAUCCUGUGCCGGGCAGCAAUUCGCAUCUGAUCUACUGGGAGAUGCAGUGGCCGCGUCUCUUUGCCAAUCGAGAUUACGUAUAUUGUCGACGCUAUCACAAGGACGAUAGUAAGAAGAUGAUAUUCAUUUGCAGUCGUGCCGCCAAGCAUAACACUUAUCCAAGCAUAUCGGGUAAGGUGCGGGUCACGGACUAUUGGAGCCUGAUGGUCAUCAAACCAUUCCGUGGCUUUCAUGAGCCGGGUCUGCACUUUGUGCUCACGUAUUACGAUGAUCCAGGCAUUCCCAUACCGCAGAACAUCAAAUCGUGGGUGACGCAAAAGCAAAUGCCCGAGUUCCUCACCAAAAUGUAUGUGGCCACCAAGAACUAUGCUUGCUCCCGCGCCAUUAAGAUGAAGGACAUGUACAAUAGCUUUACUCUGAUCAACGACGAAUACACGGCAAACGAUCAACGCGGCAGCUGGCUGGGAAGUCUCAGUCGUCACAGGCGCAAGCUUAACGAAAAUGAGAAGGAACGCUGAGAACUGCAGUAGUUCCUCCAUAUACAUAGUCUAGAUGCAAUGGAAUGAAGAGCGAAGCAAAACUACUACAGCAAUGGAGUUAUACCAAUGGAUAAUUCAACGCCCCUUCCCAAAUAUUCCCCUACCUUGGUCAUCUUAUGUUGUAAUUCAUUUUUAAGCAUACAAAAUAUAUAGAAUAACUAAUUAGGAAUCAUCAAAGUUUCUAGCACUUACA